CAAAUGAAAAUUGACGUUUUCCUUGCACUACAACAACAAAGCGUCACGUGAUCGUUGUUUAUAUUGAUGUCAAUUUGACUUGGGGCCCCAUGCGACUGGUGAAUGUUUUGGGGGGAAACGCCCUGUACUUAUAGGCCAUGGGUUAUGAGUACCUGUUAUGCUUGUUGUUAAUGUGUUCAAGUUUUAAUUUUGGCGUGUGUCAACGUGAUAAUUAUCCCAGAAUACCAAGACCAGGUGAACCGGAUUAUGCUACUGUAUUUUAUAAUGGUAGACGAUACGGCCAGACGCAACUUCAAGGAAAUAAUUUUAACAGGGAUGAUUAUGGAUACGGCGAAAAUCGAGGUGAUAGAGUGCAACAGUGGAACCAAGAUAUUACGCCCCCUGGUGUUCUGGGGAGGUGGCGAUCAGACCUGCAGGGCAAACAGCGUCCAGAAUCCCUGACCUUAAAGCGAGAUGUCACAGUGACAACAAGCUCUGGACAGGUGCAGGGAUUCAAGGUCUACCUUUAUGACAACCCAGAUCCCAAGGUCGGCUUCCGCCCUGGACAGACACCUGUUGAGAGAAUUCAAGGGGAAGUGUGUGUUUUCCUGGGUAUCCCAUAUGCUACUCCACCUGUCUUGGAAGGACGUUUUAAGCCGCCGCGUGUCCACCGAGGGUGGCAACUUCUUCAAGCAGUUGACUUUGGGCCCGCCUGCCCCCAACAUGUCCGCUACACCGGGGCGACCAAAGGAAUCCGUGAUAUGGAUGAAGACUGUCUCUACCUGAACAUAUAUUCACCAUCGGUAUCAGCAAAUGUAGCUGAAAAGUAUCCAGUGAUGAUCUACAUUCAUGGAGGAGAUUUUGUUAGAGGUGCAUCAAAUACUUUCCCAGGACAUGUUAUGGCAACAUUUUAUAAUGUGGUGGUCGUUACUUUCAACUACAGACUUGGAGCACUAGGAUUUUUGAGCACCGGAGACGAGAAUUCCCCUGGUAACUAUGGCAUGUUGGACCAGUCGUUGGCUGUGAAGUGGGUUUACGACAACAUCGAUGUGUUCAAUGGUGAUAGAACGUCGCUAACUUUGUUCGGGCCGGGAGCCGGAGCAGCAAGUGCCGGCUUGCUGAUGGUUGCACCGCGCACUCGCAACUUGAUCAGCAAAGUUAUAGCUCAGAGUGGAUCAGCAUUGGCCGAUUGGGCUCUGAUAACUGACCGUUACCAAGUUCAAAAUAAUAGCAGAGUGUAUGGUCAGCUGCUUGGAUGCUCCAUUGAAUCUUCUUGGAAACUUGUGAAUUGUCUGAAACAAGGUCGUAGUUGGCUUGAGUUAGGAAAUGCAGAAUUCCAACCACAAGUUGGUGUUCUGUCGUGGGGUCCAGUGCUGGAUGGCAACUUCAGGGUACCGGGCGACACUUGGUACGAGGGGUGGAGGGAGGCGGACUGGCAUUUCUUGCACGAGAAACCAGAACGAUUGAUCCGCACGAGCCAGUUCAACAGUCGACUAGCCUACAUGAGCGGUGUUACCACGCAAGAGGCUGCUUACCUCGUGUAUAACAAUGAAAGUCUUGCCAGUAACGGUUACACUGUGAGCAACAAGUUCAUAGAUGAGAAGGUCAGAGAAUUGGUGGUGCGCUAUAACUACACAUUGAAUUCAAACGGAAUUUACAAUGCAAUCAGAUACAUGUAUACCUACUGGCCAAAUCCAAAUAGUACUGACUUUGCACGUGAUUACUACAUUAAUAUGAUGACUGACUACUUGUAUCAUGCACCUAAUGAUAAAAUUGCCAAACUGCUUUUAGAGCGAAAUUUGGAUGUGUAUUUGUAUGUUAUGAACACAACUGUAGAAGCCUUCAGAUACCCGCAAUGGAGAAGAGUUUCUCAUGACAUUGAAUUCUACUUUCUCAGUGGGGCUCCGUUUAUGGACAUUGAAUUCUUCCCAAGAAAACCACAUUUGGAACGUACUAUGUGGAAAGAUAAUGAUCGUAAUAUGAGUCAUUUUUUCAUGAAAGCCUUCACAGACUUUGCCAGAUAUGGGAACCCUUCUCAUCAGGAGAUCCUUGGACUCCAUUUUGAUUUGGCCAGAAAUGGGGAGUUGCGAUAUCUUAACAUCAACACAACUUAUAACUCAAGUGUUCAGUUGAACUACAGACAGACAGAAGCAGCAUUUUGGAGUAUGUACCUUCCAACUGUGAUAGGCCAUUUAGUUCCCACAUAUCCUCCAAUCACAGAGUAUUGGUGGGAGCCAAAGGAACCUCUUCAGAUAGCUUUCUGGAGCAUUUCCGCUCUGUGUCUUCUUUUACUGGUUGCUGUCGUCAUAUUUUGCAUUUUAUGGAGGAAUGCCCAGAGGAAAUCAACUGGUUACUGCAAUGGUGACAUCAUGAUUGUCCGAGACGAUGUAUUUGGCGAACAUGGCAUCGACAACCACAGCAAUUCAAAUGUGUUUGAAUACAGAGACAUCCCACCAAGAUCAAGUGCCAAAAAGUCUUCAACGUUGGAGACAAAACGCAGCGGAAGUGCCCCCUCUGUGCGUACUGGAAGUGCUAUAUCUCUGAAAGAGAACAUGAAUGCUACCUCUGGAAAUCCUAUGCCAACACCUGUAAUUGCGGCCAAGAGAAAUAAAACGCUGGUAGACAGCAGCGGUGUGCCUCAAACUGAAGUGUGAUUAAAUUAAUUUGCUUUUAGAAUUGGGUGUUUUUUGUUGUAGAGUUUGUUUCUUCCAAGAUUUCUGUGAUGACUUAAUUUUCCAUCUUCAGUUGCCAUUUUUAGGGAACACUGAAGAUGGUAUGCUUAGUGUUAAAACACUGGAGGAAAAAUAGAACCUACUCUAAAAGGCUCAAAACCAAAAGUCAAGUUAUUAAAGAGACUUUCUGCUUGAAAACCAUAUUAUAUGUUAUUUUUUUAAUGUUUUAAAUGCUUAAGAUGACUUUAUAAUUUAAGUUGUGUUAUGUUAUGGCAGCUUGAAACAUUUGCAUUUAUAUAUAUAGUAUAUAUUUAUCGAUUUAUAAUCAACUGAUUAGCCAAACCCCCAAAUACAUAGAUAUGGUAGUUCAUGAGUUGAUAAACAAUGUUGGUUUAAGUGAUGAAUAUUUUAAUUUAAAUAUUAUGAUACUGACAUUCCAUUGCAGCUGUGAGUUUAUUUCAUGAGGUUAGUGUUGUUUUGUACGAAUUUUAUAUGAUUUAAAAAUUUUAUAUUAAUUUUUGUGAGCUAGGUAAAAAAGUAGUGGCUUAACUGUUAGACACAAAACAUUAAUGUUGAUGGUCAUUGAAGUUCAACUUCAAACGUAGGUGAUGGUAAGGUUUAUGUGUGAAUUGUCUUCUUGAAAUGCAUUUUAUUUGCAUUCACUAUGAGGACACUAAUAAAAGUACAUAGAAUAUGUAAUAUGUGUGAAGCUUAUGUACAAGUUAAAGAAAUAUUUUGAGCUAUACCUGACUUUUUAUUUUCUUUGAAUGUUUACAUUUAGUAUGAAGUUCUUUAUAUAAACUUAAACUGUUUCUGAUAUGUGUGCAGCAGUAUUUAUUAGUAUCUAUAGAUUUUUUAAUUUGUAUGUAUGUAGUGUUAUUUAAUUUUCAGUCAAGGGUUGCAGAAACACGUAUGUACAUGGAAAAAAAAAGUUUUAUUGCUUGUUAUUUAUUCCAAAUCUUACACCACCACAUUUCAAGGUUUAUAUGCAUUGGGUGAAAUAACUAGUUACAUUUGCUGGUGAUAAAAGCCAUCCACAAAUAAGGGUGUUGUCACUACCUCAGUUAGUGUUGUUUUACACACAGCUAGUACACUCACCUACUUGGUAAGUAGAGAUAUUUUAGUUCUUAAUUGUUUUAACUAUGAUAAUUUUUUUCUAAUUUUAUUAAAAUUAAUUUUGUUCAUAUGAAGUGCUAAUCAUUAUCUAGAAUUGUUCAGGAUGGCGAUAGGGUCAAAAAACUUCGAAAAUUUAGGGAGUUUAACAACCCAGACACAUAAAAUUAUUCAGGAAAAGAAUAAAUAUUACUAGGAAUAUGAUUAGAGAGCCUAAAGUAUGUAAUAAUUGUUGUACAGUUGUGAAGUCAGAGCGUGUAUCAGUAAGAGGUUUAAUAGAGCUGUUGAGAAUACCGGGGUGACUUGUUAUGUCAGUUGAGUGGUAGUGGGAUAGGGGAUGUUUAUGUGCCAGAGAGGAACUGUACUAUUGCAGAUAUGACGAAUAGGAUCUCUUGCCUUAAGAAAUAAACAUAUGUCAUUACUGAAAAUGUUUUGACCAAACCACAGGCACUUUUGGAGCCACAGUGAUUGUGUGGUCAGAUGACUGGCCUCCCACAAAGGCAAAUGGUUCUAAUCCAGAUGGAUGUUUUGUGCUGGGCAUUUCCAUAAGCCGGUGGAUUUUUUCUGCAUACUGCUGUUUUCCCUACCCAUGUAUCUAUCACAGUCUGCAAUGACACCAAUUAAACACUUAAUUCAUUGUUUAGGCAUUGUCCUCUGGUUGGAAAGAAAUAGCGGUAUAGUUUUUUUUUUUUUUAUUGGGGCAUGAGACAGCAGAUGUUAACUGUCCAUGAUUAUAGUCUAUUAUUUUGUAAUUUGAUCUAUUUAAUGUGGUUUUGGUCUCAGGACAUUAAAUUGUACUUCUGCUGAUGAGCUGAAAACUGAUUGUGAAGAAAGGAUGAAAACAUACCCUAUAUUUAUAUUAUUUGAUCAAUCCUGCUGUGAUUGAAAAUAAAAGUAAAAUACAUUGCUGCACAAAGAAGUAGUUUACUUAUUUUCUGUGUUCUCACUGCAUCUGGGUGUUCGGGCAAGGCAGUACAUAGCUGACAGUUUUUCAUAUAUUUACGUAGUAGCUGUCACUGGUGCUGAUAGUAUCUAUUAACUGGCCACUUGCAGUUAACAUACUAUGGCAGCUUUCAUUGUAGUUUUUUACCAGUCUGAUAAAAUUUAUCAUAAUGUAUUUUUAAUUUAGUUUUAUAAUUUAUCUUCAAGUAAUUGUGGCAAAACAUUUAUUGAAACUUUCUUAUGGUCCUAGGAAAUUAGAUUUAGGUGGGAAAUUUCAGGAAAAUGGCAAGGAAUUUAUUUCCAACAUUUUUGGUGUCUAUCCUGCAUCUACAAUUACCUUUAAGACUAUAAAGCUUUUCGUUUUCUUGUAUAUAUACUUUAACCUGUAAAAUAAUUAUAAUAGCAAUUACGGUUUCUGCGUGAAAUUUACUUUUGCUAACACUUAUUUUCCUCCAUGACUAUGAAACACACAAUAAUUUUAAUAGCCAGAUAUAUUAGAGACAGUAGUUUUUUAACCAGUGGUAAACUAUCAAGUGCUGAGUGCUAAAGUUAUGGGAUACAACUUAACUUGUUGAAGCAAAGGGAGCAGCAAAGUAAUUAGAUAUAAUUACAUUGAGUGAGUUUGGUAGCAGUAAUAAAUUCACAAGUGAUUAUCUAGUAAUCUCACCCAGUGCAAUUGAGACUUAAUGUUUUCCUUACUCAGUUAAACAUGAUAAAAAUAUUUAAACUGUUAAAUAUUGCAUGUUUUGAAUGUUUUAUUUUUCACACUUGCUUACUAUAUGUUUUGAAUGUUUUAUUUUUUACACUUACUAUAAUAUGUUUAUUUUUUAAGUGCUUUAUGUGUAAAUCAAUAUGUUUAUGCUUUACACAUUUGAAGAUUCACUUAAGAUAUUAAAUCCAAAAUAAUUAUUAUUUUGCUAAAACAUCACUAUUCACAUAUGUAACAAAGUUUUAUAUAAUUUAAGCCAUGUAAUACUGUGCUGGUUUUUAAAAUAUUUUUGUGGCAUGCAGAUACAUGCUUGGCCUUGAUUAAUGUAUGUUAUGCCAGAAAUUGUCAAAAUUGAUUAGUUCUGUAUAAUUCUGUGGUAUUCAUGUUAAAACUGAUUCCGUCCAGAUUUCAGGUUUUCAGACUAUAUUGUGAUAUCAAAAUGUUAUUUGUCUUACUAACAGUUCAUCUUACUUAUGAGACUUCACAGUAUUAUAGUUUAUAUGGAAUUAUUUCUGGAUUAAAUAACUGUUGAAUGUCAUUUUUGUUAGAGUAUAAGUUGUAAACAUGAGCAGCUGGUACCACUAGAGGUUUUCUUACAACUCAAAGUGGUGAAACAUAUUGUAAAAUCAUCAGUCCCCUGGGUAAAGCUUUCUUUCCUUGCGACUACCAACUCUGUUUUAUCCCUGAUGUUUCAAAAGUACAAGAAUCAAACCUACAUCUAUCAUCUUAGUAGCUUUGAAGGAGCUACAAACACAAAAUGUCACCAGUUUCAACAAGCAGCGAUCAAAUAUACUGCAAUCAUACAAUGUUUAUUUUUCCUUCAGAAUUAGAGCGACCAUAAUGAAAUUGUAAGAAGAUUGUUAGUUUCUUUUUAUAUAUUUUGUCUGGGAACAAUCAGUUCCAUCCAAAAUGUAAAUUUACAAUAGUAGUUUUAUAAUUUGUUACAUCAUAAUUCAUUAUGAUUCAUAGUCAUUGUCUCUCUCUCUCGCUCUCUCUCUCUCUCUCUCUAAACCUGCAUGUGCAACUUCAAUUUCUUAACAUUGUCUAAAACCAAUUGCUUGUCAUUAAAAGAUUAGAAAAAAAGACUAAAAAAAUUUUCAAUAGCCAGGGAAAAUUUUACCAAACUGUUGUCUUCUUGCCUAAAGAACGAAGGUACAAUUUUGUGCACAGUAAGUUUAGUGGGAAAAUUAGGCAGAGAACCACAGGACAUAACCAGAAGUAAAUAAGUUUGUGGUCAAAAGGCUUGUGUUGUCUGUAACAGAAUAUGCAAGGAACAUGACACCGAGAGCAAGUAUCAUAUCGUAGAUGAAGAGUGUGCACAACUUCUACUACCAUGAUGCAAGCAUGAAAUCUGAUUGGCUGGAUGGGAAGCAGUUUGAAAUGGUUAAAGUUGGUUCCCAGAUACAGGGCUGGGUUUCUUCCAUUGCCUCAGUGGUCAGUUGUGCAGCGGUUUGACGUAACCUGUUUGUUAUUUCGGGACAUCUGUCCCGUCAGGUUACGUCCCCGGGUUGUUUUGAACAAUAAAUUAUUGUUGAAGACUUUCUGUUCUGCAAAAGUAUCAUUGAAAGUGCAAAGGCUCAAGACUUGCCUGUAAUUAUUGACAAGUUUACGACAGGAAAUGAUGUAGAUUGCGAAAAGUGUAUCGGUGUAUGUACUGAUGGUACUCGAUCAAUGUCUUGCUGCUAUGGAGGAUUACAAGCACUUAAUUGCAGUAAAGCACCCAGUGCUAUGUGGACCCAUCACUUCGUCCACAGGGAAAACCUUGCUUCGAAGUCGGUGAGCUCUGAGUUUAACUUGAUAUUAGAAUGUGUCAUAGACGUAAUAAAGUACAUAAAAACUAGGCCACUGGAAGCCAGACUGUUCAAAAAACUAUGCAUGGACAUGGGAGUGGAACAUACGGCCCUGCUGUACUGCUGUAAUUAACGAUGGCUUUUACGUGGAAAUGUCUUAUCCCGUGCAUUUGAGUUACAUCGAGAAAAUUCACACUUUUCUGCAAGAGGAAAAUCUUGAAAACUCCAGAUACUUUGCCAAACCAGACUUUUUGCUGAAAGUAGCAUAUUUGUGCGAUAUAUUGGACAAACUGAAUAAAUGCCUUGAAUCUGUCUCUGCAAGGCAGUAACAUGUACAUUUUGAAACUAUUGGAAAAGAUUGUGGUAGUUAGAAGAAAAUUACAGUUGUGGAUAAGAAAAAUUAAUAAAAAUGGCGGUCAAGAUUGUUUCCUGAAAUUGCAUAAAUACGCUGCUUCUAAUGGGCUCGUUGUCUCACAAGACUUGCUGUACCUUUUCACAGAACUCCUUACAAAGAUCACUGAAUGGUUUGUAAAAUACUAUGUGGAAGAAAAUUUCAAAAAAUUUGCGUGGAUCCAAGAUCCUUUCCAUGUUCAAGCUCCACCAGAGUUAACUUCGCAAGAAGAGUAUCUCAUUGAACUCUCUUGCAACAACAGCCUUAAAACAAACUUCACUUGUUCCAAUUUAGUGGAGUUUUGGAUAACGUUCAAAAAUAUCCAACUCUCAAGUUCAGAGGCUAUGAGGUUUCUCAUUCCCUAUUUAUGCGAAGCUGGGUUUCCAGCUGUAGCUGAAUAUUGCUAAAAGCUGUAGCUAAUAUCGCUCAAAGAUCAAUGUGGAGCAAGAGAUGAGUGUGUCAGUGCCAAGCCUUAGCCAGCACUUUGAAAAAAACUGUGGAAAUCACCAAGCUCACACGUCACAUUAACUUGUCACUGACUUUUUUGAUAUUUUUCCAUAAUAAUAAUAAUAUAUUCUUGUUCGUAAUUUCUAAUAUGUAUACCUAUGUGAGCCUUAGAUUGUGGCUGUUUUCAUUUCUGUGUGAAGUGUCAUCAAAAAAUAAAUAUAUUUAUUUAUUUUUUUUUCAUUGUACACAUAUUUCAACUAGAGCGCCGCAACAAAAUACUAAACCUGUUAGUGCACCGUGACCUGAAAAAUUUUGGGAACCCGUGGUCUAAGCCAUUAGUUUUCACUUCCCAUUACAUUCUCAACAAUGGAAAAAUUCUCAAGCAUGGUAUCAUGCUGUACAAAUAUUCAGACAAAAUUUCCACAGACAAAAUUUCCACACAGAUUCUAUUUAGCAAGUAGUAGUCACAUUAUUUUCAUUUUGAUUCCUGCUGAAGGAUAAUUUUCUGAUCCAUUCCAACAACUUAUACUUACUUCCUCAUCCACUCCCUCGUAUUUUGCGUCCACACGCUCAAUACAUGCCGAAGAAAUAUAAAAAAAGUCUGUCUUCCAGUCAGACGAACUACCUCAGCCUCCAUCAGACAAAGUGCAGGGUCUCUUAUCCUUGCUCAGCAACGUCUACCAAUUUCCUUUCUCCGACAGUGCGGCAACCAAGCUGCCUCUGAGUUGCAUUGCUCCAUGCCAUUCACCAAUUAGGGCAGCUCCUCAUGACUUGAGUUGUGGGAAGUCCACGCACAUCACGUCCUGGGUUCAUAGGUCGCAGAUAACAGUGCACCUUCCAUUGCACCCACCUUAUCACGAGUGCACACCUAAACAACACGACCAAACAAACCGUGUGAGAUGGUGUGGCAAGUGGACAGCUGUGGAGAGCUGCAGAUACAUUCACUGUCACUGGCAGCCGCUUGGCCACACUUGUACUCAAAUGCCAGUCAGUGGCGUAGCUAAGGUGACGCGCCCCUGGCCAAACUUGAAAAUGGCGCCUCUCUUGGAUUAAAACAGAUGGGGGGAGCGUUAAGUAACCGCGAAACUGUCGCGGCAGCGCCGCCCCCCCCCCCCCCCCCCUGCUCUGGCGCCCCUGGCGGGGGCCAUCCCUGCCACCCGCCUGCUACGCCACUGAUGCCAGUUAGUGUGGCGGAAAUAGUGAACUAGGCGAUACAAGUGACAUCAUCCAAGUUACAUCUUUGGAAAGAGGAGCAGAACGUUGCAAAUAUGCUUUUCUCAAGCAACAAAGAGUUUGGUUGACCAAACUUUUUUUUUUAUGUCUGUAGAGUUGCCAACUCUACAGAAAAAAAAAUAUUGAUAACAGAACUGGAAUAAAAGAUUACAAAAUCAUGCUAUGUAAGUAGUCAAAUGCGCAAUGAAAUAAUGACAAUUUUUAGCCUCUGAUUUUACUUUAUGUUCUGAUCAUCGUGAUACCCUGUGUACUAAUUAUGAACUCUAUUUCACCCUUAAGUAUUUUUGCUUCUUUUCUUUCAUACUAUGCAUUUAUCUGCUGAGUGUGCAUGGUUUGUUUGGUGGUCAUGUUGCAUUAUUUAUUGUCUAAUUUUUGUUCAAAGCAUGCAGACAUUUUUAAGAAGUUUCUAAUCAAAUAAAUAUUUUAGUUGUGAUCUACGUGUUCAUUAGAUUAUAACUAGAAACUAUAGUUGUGCUAACAUAGUUUCGGUAUGUUGAAUUUUUGUAACACAGUGCUUGGUGCUUUACCAUUUUACCUUUACAAGUUUGUAUGUUAAUGUUCAUCAAAUGUACAAAAAUUUUAUUUGAAUUAGUAAUUUUCUAAGAAAUAUUUUAGUAUCCUUGAAUUUUUAUUUGGAAUUAUUGUGUGGAACUAUUAUAUAUGUUUAGUGCACAUGAACGUGAUGUGGAAUUAUCCGCUUUGUAAUGUAGUCAUUUCUGUAACUGUUAUUUUAUACUAUUGAAAACAGCAUACCUACAUAACAUACGGUCUAUUACUAUAGUGAAUUUCUAUAAUGCUUGUAAAACACAAACAUGUGUUCAAUGUUUAAUGUGUGGUUGCACGUUUGGUGAUUACUUUGUAGAUAACACUCAAACAGCCAUAACAAAAUGCAUGGCAGUUGUCCCGUGGAAAAUUACAUCUGUGGUAAUAUUUUCCUUGCCUUACCAUGGUAAUUAGUACAAAAUUUUACUAACUAUCAUAAUUUUAAGUGAUAAAAUAUAUCAGCUGUAAAAGAUUAACUUCUGUCAUCUGCUUCAAUCAUGACAACCCUGUAUUAAAAAUUUUUUUUAGAGUGUAAGUAUAAGUGUGAUUUCAUUGUAAUUGUAAGCUUCUUGUUAAGAAAAACCUUUAAUUCACCAUGUUUACUUUUAUUACUUGUGCACUGCGUGAAUGAAUGUAAUUAAUCAAUAAAAUAUAAAUAGGUGAUGACAUCAUGUACAGACUAAGUGCCAAGUUUGUAUUACAUAAUGCAAAAAGUCUGAAAUAUGCUGUCUAUUUAUUAAAUAAAUUCUAAAAUCAUUGAGCUUAAAAAAAGUGCUUUAUGAAUGUAUUUUGUGUAUGUUUGAACAGAAUUAUAACAGUAACAAUGUACUUUUCUAAAAAAGUUAAUUUAUGUUCAAUUUUUUUUAAUAUGCUGGAAAAACACACAAAUGUAAUGUUUUAUAAAUAAAUAAUUUUUAUUCAAA